AGACAAAUCAGUCAGAUGGAAGACCUGAAGAUACUGCUUGAGGCAGAGCAAGAGAAAGUUGCUAAGCUGAAGGCUCUCAUAGUGAAAGAGAGGAAGGUCAAUACAAAGAUGAGAUCAGAACUAGAACGUCUAAAGUCACGGGGCUCUGGCAAUGAUCUGAGUAGUAAUGAAACAUAUGAAAAAGUUGACAAAUCAACUUGCACCUCUCAGUGUUCUAAUGUACUUAAUUCUACAAACACUGUCAAAAGGUUAGGUUUCGAUGUACUACCGGAAUCGCCAGCUAGCAAUUCAGACAAUAUUGCUACUGUUGAACAGGAUACUGUACUGUUACAGCAGUUUAACAUGGUAAUGGACUCAAUGAAGUUGUACAACAUGGGUCGUUUGUCGAUAGAUGAAUUAAAGCCAGUAUUCAAUCAGUGUAGCAUCAUGUUAAAUGAGAUUGAGCAUUACCCAAAUGGUAGCAAUGGCAUACUACUUUGUUCUGUCCCAUCUGAUAGUGAUACAGUAAUCUCCGAAAACUACGGUCAAAGAAUUCAAACAAAUCCAAAUAAUCAACCUCAUUCGUCUGCUGAACCAUUUAAAAAACAAGAACAAAGUUCAAAUCACAUUACUCCUUUUUUUUGUCAAUAUUUACAAGUAUCAAAAUAUGUCCAAACAGAAACAGAUACAGCCUGUGAUGAACUACUUGUUUUAGAAGAAAGAGUAGAUGACCUAAAGAGUUGUGUUGAACGUGCGGAAUUGUCACUAAAUAGUCUGUCAAGCAAAAUUACUUCUGCUGCUUGCAUUAAUGAAAUGCAUGAUACUAGACUAUGCCAGCUACAAGCAACAUGUGCUGUAUCUUGUGAUACAAGUCAAUCUUUACUCCCUUCUAAAUCAAAGGAUUCACUAUUAUAUACUUCAUUUUUAUUACCUUUGGCUGAAUACUACCAAAAAGUAGAUAAUAACAUGCUCUAUGAAGUAGAUGUAAGUAAUAUAACGUCUAACAAUCUUGAAGAUAUUAAAAAAAUUGGAAAAGAUUUGGAAAGGUUCCUUUGUAAUUUGAAGCAUAUUAUAAAGCAUUAUUUUGCCUUCAAUGUAAAUGCUGUCAAUGGUGAACUUAUCACAUCGGAUGCAUGUAUUUCAACUGAAAACGAUAAAACAAAUGGCUUGCCAGAUAAAAUUCUUUUGGAUAAAUUGAAAGUAGCAGAAUAUGAAAUAACUAAAGCUAAUGAAAAAGUUGCAUUAUCUGAAAGUAUGGCUGCAGAAUUAAAAGGUCAACUUCAAACAUCUGAGGAAAAACUACAUCGCAUGAAAAAUCUUUUAGUCAGGGUGAAGUUAGAUGCAGCUGAACAACAGAAACGGGAACUUCAAAAGUCUCACUCUGCAAAUAUGGAAUAUAGUGAAGAAUUGAGUCGUCUUGCAGAAGAGUUAUCCCGUACUAAAAUUGAAAAAGAAGACUUGGAAUCUACUGUAGUCAAACUUAGUACUGAAUUAACCCAGAAAAGUGCAUUAUGUGAAAGUCUUUUGCAUGAGAAGCGUUUGACAAUGGAUCGAUUACAAAAGUUCCAAACUGAACAUACCUCAUAUAAAGUCAAGGCUCAGCAUGCUCUUUGCAACGCCCGUGCUCUGAAAAAUGAAGUGGAUUCGACAAGUAUGGAUUCUAAUGUUGGUAAAAGUGGUCAAGGUGAUGAGGCAAUCACCAUCAAUCAUCCCGUUGAAAGUAAAACAUAUUUUUCAAAUGAAUUAGAGCUCGUAAAACAAAACCUCUUUGAUGUACAACGCCGUAUGGAAGAAGCUGAAUUAUGUACAUCUUUAGCGCAAUCAGAAUGUGACUUGUUGAAGAAGGAACUGGCCGACUUUAAAGCAAGACAUAGUGAAUUGUUAUGUCAGUCCCAAAGACAGAAACAAGCAUGGGAUGAACAAAUAUUGUCGCUGACACAACAGCAUGAAAACCGUCUUCAUGCUGAAAUUAACAAAUUGGAACAGAAGUACACAAAUCAGCUACGUGACUGUGAAGAACGCCUUGUGCUUCAGGCAGAAAAAUACGAAGAUGAAUUACGCCAAGAAAGAGAAUUGUGGGAAGCAAAAUUAACGCGAAUCAAUCAUCCAACUGACUUAUCUACUCAAAAUGCUGAAAAGGGCAUAAACGUGUACAGCCAUCGAAGGAAUUUCUCCAUACCCGAUCAGUUUACUCCUUUAAAUAUGAAUCCCAACCAUAAAAGGGCUCAAGGAGAUGGUGCUGACAAUACGAUGAUUACUGAUCGAGAAUUUCAAGCGAAAUAUGACCAAGCAGUUGGAAGUAAUUCUUUGAGUCAUAGCGGCAGUGAUGCGUGUUCCCUAGUGGAUGAAGAAGCAUCUAAAAAUUCUUCACCUCGAAUUACUAUUCCUACCUUGGAACAGCUUCUUAAUCGUCAUGAUCAAUAUAUAUCACCUGAAAGUACGUAUUCUCCUCAAAACUUCGUCAAAUCAUCCCAAGAAGUUCGGUGUGUUCAACCCAAUCAGUCAAGUGGCUUGCAGACUGCAUUAGCUAAUCAGCAACGUCGAGUUGAAUACCUUUCUGAGUUAUUGAGUGAAAGUGAAGCAAAUGUAGCACGUUUAUUUGAACAAAAUAAAGUAUUGAAAGAAGAAAUACGACGUUUGGAAAAUAACUCGAGCAAUUCAAUGGAAAUUCAGGAAACCGAGAAUCAAUACAGAAAUCAGUUAAACAAUUGGACCAACAACAAUGUACCUAUUGAACAUUUAAAAAGCAUAUUGUUAAAAGUCAUAACAUUACCAAAACAAUCUUCAGAACGCAUUCACCUUAUGCAUGCGCUGGUGACAUUUCUUUCUUUAAAAUCAGAUGAGUGUAAAUUAUUGGAAGAGGGUCUAAAUGAAAAUGUGUACUCCCCAUCUGACGUGCAACAAAGUUCUUCUAGCUGGAGUAGUUAUAUCCCUACUGUUUGGCGUAGAUAAGAAUUCUAUAAGUAUUGAGAAAUUAGUCCCAUUUUCUGUGAUUUUUAUUUCAUUUAAUAAAAGAUGCUGGUUAUUAAUUUAUUUUUCCUAACUUACGGUCUAAACAACUGACUAAUUUAUGAACAUCUUGAAGUGUUGGAGCUUUUGUCCCAUUAUAUUCUGCUAAUUCAAUCCAUACAUUUCUUUAAACCUAUGCGAUCAUUUUGGAUAAUCGUAAGGUUUCAACUUGUGAAAAAUCUAUUUUUGAAUCCACUUUUGUUCACCUACAAUAUUUUGCAUAUUUCUCAGUUACCUUAAUAAAACUUAAUCUAGAUCUUUAUAUCUUUUAAGUUUUAUUUAACUGGAUGAUAUAUUCUGCGUAUGAUUCCUAAUUUAAAUGUAUUAGGUGGUGGUUUCUUCUUACAGCUUUAGAAAACAAUGCCACCACAAGUGAAUAAUUUUGAGGAAAUGUGUAUUAUAAAUAAAAUCUUCAAACUUAUGCUACCUGCGGAUUUGAAUCUCUCACUGCUUGAUGAGGUUUUCUAGCUAACAAAAUAUUACUCGUCCCAAC